AUGGCAAACCUAGAAUGGGGGAACAAAACAGCCAUCACAGAAUUCAUCCUCCUGGGAUUUGGGGAGCUCCCUGAACUAAGGUUUCUUCUCUUCCUGCUCUUUCUAGUGAUCUUUGUUAUGACAAUGGUUGGGAACAUCCUCAUCAUUGUACUAGUUGUGAUUGAUCAGCACCUUCACACCCCCAUGUACUUCUUCCUUGUCAGUUUAUCCUGCUUGGAAACUUGUAACAGCUCAAACAUACUUCCAAGAUUGCUAGCCAGCUUCCUGACUGGGGACAGGGCAGUGACUUUUACUGAUUGCUUAACACAGUAUUAUUUCUUUGGCUGCCUUGCGGCUACAGAAUGCUACCUCCUAGCAGCAAUGUCUUAUGAUAGGUACAUAGCAAUAUGCAAACCCCUGCAUUAUGCAACUAUUAUGAGUACCAGCCUUUGUCUCCAGCUCAGUGCUGGAGUUUGGAUAAGUGGCUUUCUGACAAAUACAAUAUUAACUGGUCUGAUCGUAAAUUUAGUCUUCUGUGGCCCCAAAGAAAUUGACCAUUUUUUCUGUGAUGCCUUCCCUUUGAUGAAACUCUCCUGCAGUGAUACUCAUCUAGCAGGGCUUGCAACUUCCACUGUUGCUUUUGUAUGUUCCCUGCCUCCAUUUCUGUUGACCCUGACAUCCUACAUUUGUAUCAUUAUCACCAUACUAAGAAUCCCCUCUACCAGAGGGAAGAAAAAGGCAUUUUCCACUUGCUCUUCUCACCUUAUUGUGGUGACAGUUUUCUACUGGUCAAUACUCACUGUGUAUGUGCUUCCAUACAAUGACAAACUGAAAGAUAUGAGCAAAGUGUUCUCUGUCUUUUUCACAGUUUUGACACCUAUGAUCAAUCCCCACAUCUACAGCCUGAGAAACAAAGAAGUCAAAAAAGCCUUGAGACAAAUUGUAAAUUUGAAGAGGAGGGAAUUGAUCCAGAUUACUCUGCGGUAA